UGUUGAGAGGAGGAGAGCGUAACGCAAGGAUGGAUAGUACCACCAGGGUCUGCUGAGAGCCAUGUUGGAUAUGAAUGAAAGGGAGAGUUGCUGCACCCCUGACGCCGACAGACCGAGUUAUACCGAACACAGCGAGUAAAUGCCAACUUCCCGGGCCCACGGAGAGACGGGGGAGCACGGGGGAAGGUGUCGGGCGGUGCCGCUGGAGCUGGCUACCUAGCCGGCGACGGAAGAGAGAGAGACGCACUCGGAAGAGAGCGAGAGAGAGGGAGAGAGAAAGAGAGAGUGGUGAGAGGGAGAAAGGGGAAGGAGAAAGGAUCUUACCAGACUAAUGGCUGCACUGCUACUGGGUUCCAGCCUGCUCUCACCACUUCUUCUCCACCUGCUCCUCAGCCCUUUGUUCGCGGUUAACCCGGGGAAGUUAGCAGGGACCUGUCGUUGGAGCACGGGACCCUGCCCUGAGACACCGAGCCCUCCAAGGGAAGCUGGGGUCUUGGCGAGCAGCAGUGGUUCGGUGAUCUGCCCCAGGUGUACGUUACAACGUCUCCCAUCGGGACGGCUCCAAUCGGAACCAGCAUUCCCGGUGUGGAGUCCUUUUGUAUGGCAGGGGGCGCACGGAGACCCUUUUGAACCGUUGUGCACCGAAGAAGGAGGUGCGAGAGGGCCGUGGAAUGGAGUCAGGCACCCCCAACCUGCAGGUAGGAGCAGGAGCAGCGGUGGGGAGAGGGGCGUUGUUUCACCUGUUUUCUUUUCGUGGGUUCAAAAGGCCAAAAAGCGGUAUAUACAAAGGACUAGCGAUUGCGCGCGGUCACCACCCUCUCUGCCGCCCGCCAAACCCGACACAGGGAGAGUCUUUGUGCGCGGCCAACACCAGGGACCUGAAAGCGAGUCGUCGGAGAUUGCUAAAGACGUUCGAGGGGCUUCUGAAAGGUGUACAAGGACCCUUCACCGGCCACUUCCCCCAACACAGCAUAUAUCUACAGCUAAGCAACCACCUGGACAGCUGCCAUGGGGCCCUCCUCACUCUCAUUUGGGCAAUAAUGCUUUGGGCGCCGGCGAGGUGGCCACCGGUGCUUGUUCUCAUUUAAGUAGUCACAAUGUUAUCGAUCUCACCAGUGAUGGUUGUAAUCGUUCGUUUACUAAAGCCAUUGGGAGAACGGGGAGGAGCGUGGUGCAAGGCCCCUGCCCAUGCUAUCUCACCUCAGCCACCGCAGGCAGCGCAGCCAGCGCAGCCAGAUGUUACCAGUUACCCGGGAUUACUGAAUGGGCCAUGGCCCUCACAGGUUGUUAUUUCAGUCAUACCCGAGACAGGCUCCACGCCAGCCCCAGUCCUGGGCAUGCCAUGGUUCUGGGCAGGAGGAGGGAGGGAUGGAAGGCACAAGGUAACAAACACGUGAACAAAAAUGAUUUGGAUAAUGAUUUGGCCUCUGUUUAUCUAACAGCCAAGCUUAAGGAGCCGGCUGCUCCGCCACAGAGAAUAUCAGUGUUGACAGGCGGAGAACAGAGCGCUCAACCCCUUGUAGAGAGUAAGGGGUUACCCUGGGGGUCUCUCCUCGGAACGAGGUGUUGUCGUUUGCAGCGGAUGGAUGUGGGGGGAGGACUUUCAGCCAACGUUAUAGGUCCCAGGGGAAGCAUAGAAGUGAGUAAUCUCGACAUCCAAUUUCCCCCCACCACAAAUAUCACGGAUAGUCUAUGUUUGCCAUCUAACGGAACCGGUUAUGAAAACAGAAAUUCUACUAGCUCAUUUUCCUUAUUCCAUGACGACAUACAGGCAGCAGAAUCGGCUGCUCGAGCCAAUGUUCCUCAUCCUCAGUCUGAGCCAGCUCACAAUGAGUCAGCUAUCGUCACCCCUAUAUUUUCUUCAAUCACCGCUCUCACUAUAGCAGCCUCGGUACACGCGGGUGUAAUUAAGUCUGGUGUCACUCACAGGGAUCUCGUUAUCGCAAACCCCUUCUCAUUCUCCAUGGAGCUCAAUCUAACUGAACGGGAUAGUGACUCAGACUCACAUUCCCAGCCACGGACUAGCCUCCUCUACACACCCCCUCCCUUUCAGAUAGGAUCAGCACCACAGGCACAAUGGACAGCACCCAUCAAAACCUCUACCCAGAUUUCUCCAAGUAAACAGGUAUAUUCGGCUCACCACUUUCAGCCAUUUUUUGGGGAGAAUGUACACAACGUCAACAAUAAUAACGAUAUCAGAAAUUACAACCAGAACCAGAACCAGAACCACAAUAACAACAACAAGGAAAACAAAGAGGAGCGUGUUCAGAUGAAUCAUGAAAGAAAUGGUGCCAAUAGUAGACAGGAGCCAGUGGAUCUGAGUGGACUAUGCUCACAGACACAGCUGGGCUUGGUCCCUGAAGAAUUGCUCUACACUGCGUGUGUUGACAGCAGCUCAGGCGACAGCUUAACUAAUGUCCAGGGGGGCACUCGCCCGCAAUUAAAAUCAGGUAAACUGGUGCCAUUACAACAGGAAGGUGUCAGUCAGCCAGAAAGGCAUAUGGGUGGCGAGGUUGGGGAGGGGUCUGGGGGAGGCAAAUUACAGGUGGGGGAGGGAGAGAGACAGGCCAGAGAGGCACGGAGGGAGGAAGUGGAGGAGUGGGAGUCAGAGGGAAUAACAAAGAGAGCCACAGCACAGACAGAUGAGACUGUAGAAGCAGAGGGAGAGAGAGAGAAAGGUCAGGAGAGGGCCAGCCUCACACAGAUACAGAGUGGUGAAGGAGGAAAAGAGGAGGGGAAGAAAGUGUGGCAGGGGGCUGAAAGCACACAGGAAGACGAGGAGGAAAGGCACAGAUCAAGGGGAGAGAGAAGCUUGGGAAGGCAGACCGUGGAAGAUGAAGGUGAGGAGGACAGAGGGAAAGAGGUUUUGGUGGUGGGGCGCGCUCGCCGAGCUGCCAACAGACACCCUCACUUCUCCCAGUAUAACUUCCAGGUCCAGGUUCCAGAAAACCAGCCCCCAGGCACCUCAGUCAUACCCAUGUCAGCCACCGACCCAGACGCAGGUGAAGCAGGCAAGCUCAGCUACACCAUGGCCCCUCUCAUGAACAGCAGAUCCACGGACUACUUCCACAUCGACCCUGACACGGGCCUCAUCACCACCUCCCAGGUGCUGGACAGGGAGCACAUGGACCUACACUACUUCCGGGUCACGGCGUCAGACCACGGCUCUCCACGCCUCUCUGGCACCACCAUGGUGGCAAUCACUGUGGCCGACCGCAAUGACCACUCGCCUAUCUUUGAGCACACAGAGUACCGGGAGACCAUCCGGGAGAACGUGGAGGAGGGCUACCCCAUCCUGCAGCUCCGAGCCACUGACCUGGAUGCCCCGUCAAACGCCAACAUCCGCUACCGCUUCAUAGGAGACACCGCUGCUGCGGCCCGGGCCGCAUUUGAGAUCGACCCCCGCUCAGGGCUGAUCACCACGCGGGGCGUGGUCGACCGGGAGACCAACGAGCGCUACACCCUCCACGUGGAGGCCAGCGACCAGGGAAGGGAGCCCGGGCCGCGCUCGGCCAUCGUUAAGGUCUCCAUCACGGUGCUGGACGAGAACGACAACGUGCCCCAGUUCAGCGAGAAGCGCUAUGUGGUGGCGGUCAGGGAGGACGUCCGGCCCCACUCGGAGAUCCUGAGGGUGAGCGCUACGGACCAUGAUAAGGAUAGCAACGCGGCCGUCCACUACAACAUCAUCAGUGGGAACAGCCGGGGCCAGUUCUCCAUCGACAGUGUGACGGGGGAGAUCCAGGUAGUUGCCCCUCUAGACUUUGAGGCAGAGAGGGAGUACACUCUGAGGGUACGAGCCCAGGACAACGGCCGGCCGCCCCUCUCCAAUAACACAGGUAUCAUCAGCGUGCAGGUGACCGACGUCAACGACAACCCUCCCAUCUUCGUGUCCACGCCGUUCCAGGCGUCAGUGCUGGAGAGCGCCCCCGUGGGCAGCUCCAUCCUCCACAUCCAGGCCAUCGACACCGACUCUGGGGACAACGCCCGUCUGGAGUACAGGCUGACUGGCACCAGCCCUGACACGCCCUUCGUCAUUAACUCCGCCACCGGCUGGGUGACGGUCAGUUCGUCUCUCGACCGGGAGUCUGUGGAACACUUCUUCUUUGGGGUGGAGGCCAGAGACUAUGGCGUCCCACCUCUCUCCGCCACAGCCAGCGUGACUAUAACAGUGAUGGACGUCAACGACAACAGGCCAGAGUUCCUGCAGAAAGAGUACUUUGUGAGGCUCAACGAGGACGCAGCUGUGGGCACCAGUGUGGUCAUUGUGACCGCGGUCGACCGUGAUGUCAACAGUGCGGUCACCUAUCAGAUCACGGGGGGCAACACGCGUAACCGCUUUGCCAUAAGCACAGCCGGGGGGUCGGGGCUGGUCUCUCUAGCACUGCCACUGGACUACAAACAGGAGCGCCGAUACGUUCUGACUGUGACGGCUUCCGACCGCACGCUACAUGACACAUGCCAGGUCCACGUCAACAUCACGGACGCCAACACACACCGGCCCGUGUUCCAGAGUGCUCACUACUCUGUGACCGUGAACGAGGACCGCCCCCCGGGCAGCACGGUUGUGGUCAUCAGCGCCACGGAUGAUGACGUUGGCGAAAACUCUCGCAUCACCUACUUCCUGGAAGACAACAUCCCCCAGUUCCGCAUCGACCCGUCCAGCGGAGCCAUCACCCUGCAAGCCGAGCUGGACUACGAAGACCAGAUGACCUACACUCUGGCCAUCACCGCCCGGGACAACGGCAUCCCACAGAAGUCUGACACCACCUAUGUAGAGGUGAAUGUGAACGAUGUGAACGACAACGCACCACAGUUCCUCAGCCCCAGGUACCAGGGCACCGUCAGUGAAGACGCCCCACCCUUCACUAGCGUCCUACAGAUAUCCGCAAUGGACCGAGAUGCCCACGCCAACGGCCGCGUCCAGUACACCUUCCAGAAUGGGGAGGACGGUGACGGAGACUUCACCAUCGAGCCCACAUCGGGCAUCGUACGCACGGUCCGUCGUUUGGACCGCGAGAGUGUUCCAUUCUAUGAGCUGACGGCGUACGCCGUGGACCGCGGUGUGCCUCCCCAGAGGACGCCCGUCCACAUCCAGGUGACGGUUCUCGACGUCAACGACAACGCUCCUGUCUUCCCGGCAGACGACUUUGAGGUUCUGGUGAAGGAGAACAGCGCUGUGGGGUCGGUGGUGGCCCAGAUCACAGCCACAGACCCAGACGAGGGGACCAACGCCCAGAUCAUGUAUCAAAUCGUAGAAGGCAACAUCCCUGAGAUCUUCCAGAUGGACAUCUUCUCCGGGGAGCUCACCUCCCUCAUCGACCUGGACUACGAGGCCCGCUCUGAGUACGUGAUCGUGGUCCAGGCCACCUCAGCCCCCCUGGUGAGCCGGGCCACGGUGCGCAUCCGGCUGGUGGACCAGAACGACAACCGGCCCCAACUCCAGGACUUCCAGAUCGUCUUCAACAACUUUGUGUCCAACCGCUCCAAUAGUUUCCCCAGCGACGUGAUCGGCCGGGUCCCGGCCCACGACCCUGAUGUGUCAGACCACCUGUACUACUCCAUUGCCCGGGGAAAUGACCUACACCUGCUGCUGCUCAACCACAGCAGUGGGGAGAUCCGGCUGAGCCGCAAGCUGGACAACAACAGAGCCUUGGUGGCCCCCAUGCUCAUCACUGUCACAGACGGUAUCCACAGCAUCUCGGCCCAGUGCAUCCUCCGAGUGCUCAUCAUCACAGAGGACAUGUUGAGCAGCAGCGUGACGGUGCGCCUUCAAAACAUGUCCCAGGACCACUUCCUGUCCCCUCUGCUUGGUCACUUCCUGGAGGGGGUGUCGGCGGUGCUGUCUGUACCUCCGGAGGACGUGUUUGUUUUCAACAUCCAGCCGGACGGCGAGGCGGGGGGCAUCCUGAAUGUUAGUUUCACCGCGGCGCUGCCAGGGGGUAAUUUCUUCCCCUCCGAAGCCCUAGAAGAGCAACUCUACCUCAACCGGCCUCGCCUCACCUCCCUGGCACAGAUGGAGGUACGGGAAAGAGGAGAAACACACAGUUCAGUCAGGAAUAUAUAUGCGAAUAGACAUUCGUCAUGGACAAGAAGUCUGGUUUGGGGUCUGGCCUGGUUCUGGGGUGGAUGUGCGAGGGAUGUCUUUAACUCACAGCGCCCUGCAUGGCGGGUGGUGUGUUACAGCUUCGCCACCCUGGAGAACAGUGGCCUCCUCUUCUACAACGGACGCUUCAAUGAGAAACACGACUUCCUGGCUCUGGAGAUCCUGGAGGGCCAGGUGGUGCUCAAGUACUCCACAGGUGAAUCGUCCACUCAGGUGAGCCCCUUCCUACCUGGGGGUGUAGCCGAUGGAAACUGGCACACUGUCCACAUCCACUACUACAACAAGCCCAAGCGCAGUGUGAGCGGGGAGGCUCAGGGUCCGUCUGAUGAGAAGGUGGCGGUGGUCAGUGUGGAUGACUGUGACACGGCUGUGUCGCUGCGCUUCGGAACACAGCUCGGCAACUACAGCUGUGCUGCUCAGGGCAAGCAAACCAGCUCCAAGAAAUCUCUGGAUCUCACCGGUCCCUUGUUUUUGGGCGGAGUGCCCAACACGCCAGAUAAUUUUCCGUUCCACACCCGAGAGUUUAUCGGCUGUAUGAAAGACCUCCACAUCGACAACAGUCUUUUGGACCUGGCUGGAUACAUCGCUAACAACGGAACCCUACCCGGCUGCAGUGCCAAGUCGCCCUUCUGUAAAUCCAACCCGUGUCAGAAUGGAGGAACAUGCCGAGUGAGUUGGGAGACAUUCUCAUGUGACUGCCCCCUAGGUUUUGGAGGGAAGGACUGCAGCCAUGUGAUGCCCCACCCACAUCGUUUCCUGGGAAACAGUGCCCUCUGGUGGGACCUGAAGAAUGACGUGACCAUCUCCACUCCCUGGUACCUGGGGCUGGUGUUUAGGACACGGGCCAGGGAGGGCACCCUGCUGCAGGCACAGGCCGGACAGUACACCAGCCUGGUCUUCCAGCUGGUGAGCGGUCAGCUGGUGUUCUCAGUGACCAAGGGGUCGACGCGGCCGGUGCGUCUGCGUCUGGACCAGGUGCAGGUGAGCGAUGGGCGCUGGCAUGACCUGCAGCUGGAGCUCCGAGACGUCCGCAGUGGGAGGGAGACGCGCUACGUGGCUACUGUCCGCCUCGACUUCGGCCUCUUCCAGGGCACAGUGAUAGUGGGGAAUGAGAUCCAUGGGCUGAAGGUCAAACACCUUCAUGUGGGCGGAGUCCUGGGCUCGGGGGAGGUGCAGAAUGGGAUACGGGGCUGCGUCCAGGGGGUUCGUUUGGGGGUACGACCGGACGCCCCGCUCCUGCCCCGCCCCUCCAAGGCUGUCAAAGUGGAGACGGGCUGUAGCGUUGGCAACCCCUGUGUCUCCUCCCCCUGCCCGCCCUACAGCCGCUGUAGUGAUGAUUGGGAACGCCACACCUGUCUCUGCGAACCAGGUUUCUAUGGUAAGGGCUGCAAAGACGCGUGCCAGCUGAACCCAUGUGAGAACAAUGCCCAGUGCCACAGGAAGCCCAGCUCAUCCCACGGAUACAUCUGCGACUGUGGAGACAACCACUACGGACAGUAUUGUCAGCACAGGAUUGACCACCAAUGUCCACGUGGUUGGUGGGGCUCUCCAACAUGUGGGCCCUGCCACUGUGACGCCAGUAAAGGAUUGGACCCCGACUGCAACAAGACCAGCGGCCAAUGCCACUGCAAGGAGUUCCACUACCGCCCGCGAGGCAGUGACUCCUGCCUGCCGUGUGACUGCUACCCUGUGGGCUCCUUCUCCCGGUCAUGUGACCCAGAGAGUGGCCAGUGCCCGUGUCGGGCUGGCGUGAUUGGUCGACAGUGCAACAUGUGCGACAACCCCUUUGCCGAGGUCACACAGACGGGCUGCGACGUCAUUUAUGACGGCUGUCCUAAGAGCAUCACCCUGGGGAUCUGGUGGCCCAGGACUAAGUUCAACCUGCCAGCAGCCGUACCUUGUCCUAAAGGAUCUGUGGGUGCUGCUGUCAGACACUGUGAUGUGGAAAGGGGCUGGCUGGAGCCAGAUCUCUACAACUGUACCUCUCCUCCCUUUGUGGAGCUCAAUGCAGCGCUGGAGUCGGUGGAGCGGAACGAGACAGAGCUCAGCACCAUUAUCGAGAAGAAACUGGCCCACCAGCUCCGUGAUGUCACUGAAGCCACACCACGUCUCUAUGGCAAUGACAUUCAGAUUGCAGAGCGGCUACUGUCCCGCCUGUUGACCUUUGAGAGUCUGCAGACAGGCUUCGGCCUGACCGCCACCCAGGACGCACACUUCAACGAGAAUCUUCUGCGGGGCUGCAGUGCGGUGCUGGGUCCAGACAGUGCAGGGUUGUGGCGGGCCCAGAGCCAGGUCCAGGGAGGGGCAGGGGGGCUGGCUGACCUGCUGGAGCAGUAUGCCCAGACGCUGGCCCAGAACAUGAAGCUCACCUACCUGAACCCAGUGGCCCUGGUUGCCCCCAACAUCGUGAUGAACCUUGACCGCGUGGAGAACCACACUCACGUGCGCCGACGUUUCCCUCGCUACCAAAGCCCUCUGUUCCGCGGCCAGGCUCUCUGGGACCCCCACACACACGUGGUGCUGCCCCCUGCUGCCCUGCUGCCACAACGACACCAGUUUUCCGCUUCACAGAACACAGCUCCUGCCCCCAUCAGUAUGUUGGCCAAUCAGACAGGAGAAUAUGCUGUGGCCAGCCGUUCUGUUUCGCUGCCGGAGCCGCCCAUCACCAUCGUCAUCAUGCUGAUCUAUCGUAGCCUUGGACCGGCACUCCCCCCCAAGUACCACACUGACAGACGAGGAGUCAGACUCCCCAGACAUCCGGUGAUGAACUCUCCAGUGGUCAGUGUGUCUGUCUACAACAACCAGACGUUUGUCGGGGGUCCCCUGGACUCGCCCCUGCAGCUGGAGUUCCGCCUGCUGGAGACCACCAAUCGUAGCAAGCCCCUGUGUGUCCAGUGGAACCACAGCAGCCCGUUGGAGACGGGAGGUUGCUGGACGGUGAGGGACUGCAUCGUAGUAUACAGGAACACAUCCCACGUGCGUUGCCAGUGUCAGAGGCUGGGCACCUUUGGUGUCCUGAUGGACAGCUCCCAGAGAGAACAGCUGGAAGGGGAUCUGGAGUCCCUGGCCCUGGUCACCUACUCCUCUCUGUCGAUGUCCAUGCUGGCGCUGCUGCUCACCGUCCUGGUGCUGUCCUGCCUCAGGGGCCUCAAGUCCAACACCCGCUCCAUCCACUCCAACAUGGCCGCCGCCAUGCUGCUCUCUGAGCUCGUCUUCCUGUUCGGCAUCAACCAGACUGAGCAGCAGUUCCUGUGUACGGUGGUGGCCAUCCUGCUGCACUAUUUCUUCAUGGCCACGUUUGCCUGGCUGUUUGUGGAGGGGCUCCACGUCUACCGCGUGCAGACAGAGGCUCGCAACAUCAACUACGGAGCCAUGAGGUUCUACUAUGCCAUUGGGUGGGGUGUGCCUGCCAUCAUCACAGGUUUGGCGGUAGGGCUGGACCCUGAGGGCUAUGGGAACCCAGACUUUUGCUGGAUCUCCAUCUACGACAAACUCAUCUGGAGCUUCGCUGGACCCAUCGCCAUCGUACUCCUGAUAAACGGUGGGAUGUUUCUGAUUGUGGCGCGCAUGUCCUGCAACCCCUCCCAGAAAGAGACCAAGAAACUACCUGUCAUUGCCACGAUUCGUAGUGCCUUCCUCCUGCUGCUCCUGGCCACCUCUACCUGGUUCUUUGGGCUGAUGGCUGUCAACAACAGUAUUCUGGCCUUCCAUUAUGUCUUCGUUAUACUAUGCUUACUGCAGGGUCUUGCUGUGUUCCUGGUGUUCACGGUGCUGAACGCCGAGGUGCAGGAGGUCUGGAAGUUGUCGUGUUUGGGUAGGAAGAGCCCCAAUGAGGACGCGCCCAGAGCCCCACAAAACCCUGGUCAGAAUCCCUAUAACAAUGCGUCAUUGCUGGAACAGAGCGGACUGCACCGCAUCACCCUGGGAGCCUCUACUAUCUCCUCCGUCAGCAGUGCUCGAGAGAACCUGCUGGCCCGCCAGGCCUUGGAACACAAUCUGGGACACACUGGCGCCACAGACCUGGACGUGGCUAUGUUCCAUAGAGACGGAGGUGAGGACUCGGACUCAGACUCGGAUCUCUCUUUAGAAGAGGAACGUAGUCUCUCCAUCCCCUCCUCCGAGAGUGAGGACAAUGUUCGUCUCCGUGGACGCAUCCAGCGACGCUUCAAACGCACCAAUCACAGUGAGCGGCUUCUCACAGAGCCCGCCCACAACGGGACCAAAGACCUGGAUGGCAAUGAUCUGCUCUCCUAUUGGCCAGCGCUGGAGGAGAGUGAGGUCCACUCCCUGCAGAAGUGGGGCUCAGAGCGCCGCCUAGGGGCUGACUACAGCAAGGACGCCACAAACAACAACCAGCCUGAGGCGGCACUGACCAGCGGGGACGAGAACGGUCUGACAGGACAGUCCAACCGCCACCGCAAGGGCAUCUUGAAGAAUCGCAUUGACUGUCCCCCGGCCCUGCAGGGUCUCUCGGCCAUGGGCCAGGUCCCCAGCGAACUCUCCUGGUACCGCACCUCCACCCUGGGCCACAGGGGCGUCCCGGCAGCCUCCUACGGCCGCAUGUACUCUGGGACAGGCUCCCUGUCUGGCACGGGCUCCUUGUCCCAGCCUGCCUCCCGCUACUCCUCCAGGGAGCAUCUGGAUUCUUUGGCCCGCCGCCAGCUCUCCAGAGACCCCCUCGGUCGCCAGGCUGGAGGAGGAUCCCAGAACCGUCUGGACCGCCAGGGCCCCCGGGACAACCUGGACCUGCUGCCCCGCCGCCGUGAGCCGGGCCUAGACAGAGCCUCCAGGGAGAACCUGAGCAGCUCCAGAGACAGGCUGGAUGUCCACCAGCACAGCGCCCACACCUCCCGGGAGGACUUGAGUGGGAAUGGGGGUGUGGAGCCCGGUCUGGGAGGGUCGCGCUCCCAGCUCAACACCCUGACGCGGCGCCAGGCCUCCUCCCGUGAACACCUAGGAGGAGCGCUGAUGAGCAGCCGCUCCCGUGAACAGCUGGAGGCUAACGGGGGCGGCGGGGUGACCCAGUCCCAGCCCUGCAGGGAGUGGCUUCGCACCCUGCCCCCCCGCCAGCACUCACACCCUGACCAGCCCCCGCCCUCCUCCCCUCCGGCCCCCAUCAGUGAGGAACCCCAGGAGCCCCCGCUACCCCGCCGCGGCCGGCUGGACUCUGCCCCCCUGUGUAGGUACCCCCUCCCUGCCCCCGGCGCCCCCCCCAGCCGCCACCCGUCCAGCGAGCACCUGGACAUCCUGUCCUCCAUCUUGGCCUCCUUCAGCUCCUCCGUGCUCACCCCCCCAGCCCCCUCCUCUGCACAAGGACCCUCCCCCUCCCCGCCCCACUCCGCCACUUCUCACAGCAUCUCUGAGGUCUCACCAGACUCUGAAGUCAACAGAAGUGAAGGACAGUCUUGAUGACACCCUCCAUAUCCCACAAUGCAAUUGGGGAUACCAAGGACUGUGUGGGGGGCCGGGGAGAGGUCAAGGAGCAUCCUGGACUGCUGAAGCACCCUGGGAUACUGUAGGAUCUAAGUGUUGAAGAAAGGCAGACAGUGAGAUUGGAGUUUGGAGGUGCCUGGUUCGUUCUGUUAUAACCAGCAGCCAGUAUGGGGAGGAGGGCUAUACGAUGGAUAGCUGGCUACCUUAGCUACUAAUGUUUAAUGAACUUCGAUCCUCAGAUUUAGUCAUGAACACAAGGAUCGGAAUUGAACUGCUAAGAAAAAGAUGAACCUGUACAUAACAUUUUUAUACAUUUUGUAUCUUUUUCAUCAGAGGCAAAGGAAGAAAAAUAGCCCUUGAAUCAAAAUACCGUUCUCCUGAAACGUUUCCUAAAACCCGUCAGCUAUAUGUAUAAAACUAGUGACAGGGGUCGGUUAGUGUUGAUUGGAUGAGAUUGUGAGACCUGAGACAUGAUAGGACGAGGAAGGUGUUGGGGGCGGGUGAUUGUAAACAGGAAUGAAUUCUAUGGAAGAGGGAUCUGACAGAACAAAUGAUUGUGAACAAGAAAGAAAGCGAACAUAACUUUGAUAUUUGAGAGGCUUGAUUAUCUCAUUCUUCAGUUGUCAGAAUACUGUUUAGAUGGAAGUGCUCUGUUAAUCCAAGAAAAGACCCACUGCUUUUGAAUGUCAGUCAUCUAUUCUGCAGCAUCAUAUAUCUCUCUCUGCGCUACUAUAUAUCAGAAACAAAACACCAAUACCGUUACAUAUCUAAUAGUUUCUCUGCCUGAUAUUUGGUUCAUUUUAGUGUACAAAACCCUCUGUUGGGAAAAUGGUCACGUAAACCUCUGGGGUUUAUAGGGGUAUGAGAGGUAGAGAGAGAACACGUUUAGGUUAGCCCUAAAGUGGUGUUACAUAUUGGCUCUGAGAUGAAAAGGCAAGAUCAGAGGACGAAUCACCGGUGCACCAGUUGUUCCAGGGCUAUAACAUGUAAUAACACGACACUAAACAGACGCGUGGACCAGAGAAAGAAAAGUGGGUCAAAAAGAAAAAUGAGUGAAAAAGAGAGAAGCAAACGAGGGACUAUUACUCAUUAGAGGAAGGACGGAAAGACAGAUUGAAGAAAGACAACGACUCGUCUCUUACACCCGACAGUCUGCAAAACCUCUUUUCAACGACCUGCUUUAAUCUUUUUAUGUCUUUGGGUUGUGGUAAGUUAAUAUAAAUGUGACAGUAUUAUUGCCAAAAAAUCUCCCCAGGGUCCCCGAUAUCCAUCCUUCGCUAUAUUCCAUCUACAUUUAACUGCUCCAGUUAUUUUGCCACUGGUCAGUUCUUUUUUAUAUGAUUAAUUACUGCAGUACCGUUAACUUGUACAGACAUAAGAUAUAUAUUAUUUAUUACUUUGUCAUUUUGUGUGAGAGUGUGUUAUUUAUAAAAGAGAGUGUGCAGCGGUAUUUGUUCAAAUGUCGUUUUUUUUUUUAAACAUGUAAUGUUUCGUAUGAGCUGACUCUCCCACUGUGACAAAAUGCAUUGAGAGAACAGGAAGUGUGAGAGAAAAGAGGGAAGUCAUUGAAGUGUAAUGAUGGAGGAAAGGAGGGAGGGAGAGGAACGGGGGACUGUCAGUUUGUGUGCUUAUUCUGGGGUAUGUGCUCUCCCGUCGGCAUGGGGGGAAUUUGAAACAGCUGCUCCUCGGUUACCAACAUAAAAAUAAGAAAUAUUCC